GGAGCCUGUAAAAAUGGCCAGCUGACCCGUUAACAGUUCAGUCUCAGCUUGGACAUCUUCCGAUAGCGUCGCACGCGGUCUUCGAUCUGGCACGAGGAAGCCAGCCGAUUCGUCGUCGUGUUCACCGUCGCGCGGGAUCAGCUCCAAGCCGCCGGGGACAGCCUAGGAGCCCGCAAGAUCCGAACGAUGGGCCUUUGAGUCGCGAAAUCGUCCCCGUUCGGUGAACAUUUCCGUUUCCCUCGGUUCUAUCGUGACCACGGACCGGAAAGAAUGGAGAAGGAAACGGGCGCCGGUAAGAUCGCGCUGAAACGAGAGCUGGGCCUCUUCAGCGCGGUCAGCAUCAUCUUGGCUGUCAUGAUCGGUUCUGGAAUCUUCGUGUCUCCUACCAGUGCCCUUGAAAGAUCAGGAUCAGUGGGUUUCUGCCUAGUUGUCUGGAGCACAUGCGGUUUGCUGUCUCUGCUCGGUGCUCUAGCCUUCGCCGAAUUAAGCACGGUGGUUCCCCGGUCUGGCGCCGAAUACGCCUACUUCAUUGAAGCGUUCUCACCGUUGCAUCAUUAUGCCGGUCAGAUACCAGCAUUUGUAUGUUCCUGGAUCUACGUGUUCCUGCUGCGGCCAGCCGAAGUGGCGGUAGUUAUGCUGACAUUCGCCGAGUACAGCGUGCAACCGUUCUCUCAUUAUUUAAGCGAUCUGCCAGAGGAGUCAAUGAGUCGGCUGAAGAAACUUAUAGCCAUGCUGGCUCUUGGAUUAAUCACGUACAUCAAUCUAACCAGCGUAAAGCUGUAUGUAAAAGUGCAGAACAUAUUCACUGUUUGCAAAGUGGUCGCCUGUAUGGUAGUGAUCGGCGGUGGAAUUUGGUGGCUUUGCGCUGGUCACACAGAACUCUUGAAAAAUCCAUUCCGUGGCAGUACCACUUCCCCUGGUGACAUAGCCUUGGCCUUCUACAGCGGUUUAUGGGCUUACGAUGGAUGGACAUCUGCUGCUAUCGUCACAGAGGAAAUAAAGAAGCCAGAAGUGAAUAUUCUGAGGAGCAUUAUAAUCGCUGUACCUCUAAUUACUGUACUUUAUGUCUCAAUGAACUUAAUGUAUAUGGCUGCGUUAACGAUACCGGACAUGGUCAGCGCUCCAGCUGUUGCGGUAAUCUGGGCUGAUAAAGUCUUACCCUAUUGGCUGAGUUUCGCAAUUCCUGUUGGUGUUGCUCUGUCCACGUUCGGCUGCAGUUUGAGUAUCCAAUUUGGAGUGUCGAGACUCUGCUAUGUGGCCGGAGGAGAGGGCCACGUACCCAGAGUAUUCAGUUUUGUUCAUAUGGAAAAAAUGACACCAGCUGCAGCUGUAGGACUCCAGGGAAUACUCGCGUUGAUUUGCAUGCUUCUGGGGAACAUUAUUGCUCUGAUCGAGUUCGCCAGCUUCUUGACUUGGGUAUUUUAUGGACUUGCCAUGGUGUCUCUAAUAAUUAUGAGGAAAACGAAGCCAGACGCGCCCAGACCGUACAAAGUGCCGAUUGUAAUACCUUGGCUGGUAUUGUGUGUCUCCAUUUUUUUGGCUGUGACACCAAUCAUUCACGAGCCAACGCCUAAAUAUCUCUUUGCAUUGCUAUUCAUUUUAUUCGGUCUCGCCAUCUACCAUACAUACGUGUAUAAAAAAGUCAGAAGCACUUUGGCAGCCAAGCUCACGUACCUGAUUCAAGCCUUAUGUCUAGUUGUUGCUCCAGAUAAAGAAGACUGACGUGAUGUAAUUUUAUAAAUAACAUUUAAUGUAUGUACAUAGUGAAAUAUGCAUAACAUUCUAGCAAAGUAUCUUAAUUGUAUUGCAGUUCUAGUAUAUGGGUUAAGGCUGGGUUUACAAAAUCUGGAGAAAUGAGAUUAUUUUCCUUAUUGUUAUCAUUAUUCAAAUGAUAUCAGAAUUUCAGUCUUUAUAUGAUAAGAAACAGUAGAAUCAACUGAUACACUGUAUCACAUAAUAUUGAUUAUUUUUUCUAAGUUUCAUAAAUUUAACAAAAAAAAAUUCCACAGGUAUACAAGACUUAGUUGUAAAAUUGAUCCAAAGUAUAACAAUCUUUUAAUAUAUUGUGCAGUAUUGUAAAUGUUUCAUAAAAGUAACCACUGAGAUAUAAUAAAUAUUAACUAUAUUACAAAGUUCAACAUGUAAAAAUGCAAAAUAUAAUUUACAGAAAUAUCAAAUAUUUAUUAUAUCUGUACAUAUAUAUAUAUAUAUUUUUCAAGCAUCAAAAUAUUGUAAUAUCAAUUCUUUUAUGUUAACACUGUUAUUACAAUAUUCUGAUAGUAACAAAUAUUAUAAAUAUUAAUUAUAAUUGUAAAAAUGCAAUCAAUCUUAGAAUUAUAUUAACAUGAUGUAAAAAUGCUACAAAGUAUAGAAAAUUAUACAAAAAUACCAAAGAUCAAUGUACUUUGGCUUGUAUUUAUAACUUUGUUAGUGUAACACUUCAUACAUUGUCACUUUUUAUUAAUGAGAAAGUAUUGCAUCUAUUAAAUAUACAACAACAAAUAGAGAUUCGCGUAUUAUUACUUUAAGGCACCUGUAUGAGGCUUUUAUGUAACUUAAUUGAAAGUUACGUCAAUGCUAUCAAAGCUCAAUGUACUUAUUACUCUAAGGAACAUAUCACUUAGUAUAGGAUAACAAUUUGUUUUAUAGAAACAAUUAUGAUAAGAAUGAAAAGAAUGAAAAGUAUCCCAUAAAAUUAAAGCAUAAAACAUAGCUGUAAUAUACGAUAUCUUCUCAUUAAAUAUCCGUAAUAUAACAAUAUAAACAAAACUUAUGCAUUGGAAUUGAAGUUAUCUAAUUACACCAAUCAGAGUUUUACUGGUACAAACAGUUACUGAGAUGCACCGCAUUUUAAACAGGUUUGUCUUUCACUAAAACAUCAUUUGAAUACUGUAGAUAUUUAUUCAAAUAUGUACUAUAACUAUCAUU